AUGGCAGGAGUUUAUUCCCAGCCUAGAAUGGCGAAUACUCCUCAAGGGGUUCAUUUGACCUACGAAUUACCUCAUCGAGUUCACACCGCAAAAGCGUAUCCUCUCCUUUCUGCGAACGGGUCUACAGUAAUUCUGUAUGGGCACGAAAAUGGCGUGAAGAUAAUUUGGAGAGGUGGCAGAAAAUUCAAACCGCAGCAGACCGCGUUGCCCGAUCAUCAGAAGACCAACGGUGCUAGUAAUUCUGGUGUCAUAUCUCUUGAUUCCGAUGAUGACGAGACCCCCGAAAAGAAAGCUUUCGAUGAUAAGCCAGAAUUCGAAGACCACGAGGAGGAACUGGACCCAUCGAGGCCAUACCCCGGCGUGCUGCAAGAGCUCGACUUAUGGUUCGGGACCGAUGUCUUCCACCUCGCGAUAUUGCCUCCUACAGUUUUGAAAGCAGAUGGGCCAUCAUGGCAAGGCUUAGAGCCUUUGAAGCAGAAGAUAGUGUUCGCUGCAUCUUGCGCCGAUAAUUAUGUUCGUCUGGUCAACCUACCUCUUACUCCACCCUCGCCGGCUAGCAAAGCCCGAUCUGAACUAUGGAGCGACUUCACACUUGCAUACGCUGGGAGCGGCACAUGGGGAGAGACUGUGACACUGCUCAGUGGCCAUCGCAAACCCUCAGAUGGCGUCUCAAUGACGGCAGACUUUGGUCCGGCUACUGUAGAAUCUAGACGCUUCGAUCCACAAAUAGUCGUUGCUUCUCACUCGAGAGAGCUGACCGGACUUUUGCUUCUGUGGCGGGUUCCCGUCAAGGCUUUCCCCAAAAGCGUAGAGCCGUUCCAGUCGGUCAGCUUGUCUUCUCCAGCCAAAUCCAUUACAUUCAACUCAUCUAUCUCCAAACAAUAUGCGAGCCACCUGCUAGUCGCAGAAUCUGUUGGGAUCUGUCGUAUCUAUGAUUUCAAGCUCCUCGUCAGACCCAACGAAGAUCCCUCGGAGGUUGGAGUGGCGGAGCAGGGAACCUGGCUCCUAUCUCUCUACGCCGGUUUCCAAAAUAUCAAAAAUGACCCGGAAGCACUUCAACACAAUGGAUUGCACGCGGGUUUUGGAAGAAAGACUAUAGUUGAUGCAAAGUGGGUAUCGAGUGGAAGAGCCAUCAUCGUACUACUCAAUGAUGGAGAAUGGGCUAUCUGGGAUAUCGAAGGAGUCGGUCCAGGUGCACCACAAGGUCUGAUUGGUCGUCAGGGUAUUAAGGGAGGAUCAAAGUCGCAAUAUAGCCUCACAGGAUAUAUCGACGGAGCAGUUACGCCUCGGGCCUCUGGACAACCACAAAUUCCUAGUUCGAAAUUUGUUCCUAUGACACCAGGCACGCGAAAGUCGGCGGACCCAUUCAGUGGGCGAUCCAACGGGGCAGUUCGAGGGGAAAUAUCGGUUUCCGAAGUACGGUCAUCUUCACCUAGUUCUGUGGCCGAUGAAUCAGUCCUUUUCUGGCUUGGAGAAACUUACACCAUUAUUCCCAACCUCGCCAAAUACUGGGCUGCCAAUGCGCAAAAGACUGGUGGAGGGGGAAGCCUGUUCAAUGGCCCUGCAGGCGCUCGCAUGACCAAGAUCGAGAACAUCAGUCUCCUAGGCGAACGCUGUUCAGGGAUCGAGCAAAUUGCCAAGACUCCCAACUCUACCGGCUUCUCGACCGACAUCCUCGUGUUGGGCGAGCAUCGAUAUAUGCUGCUGUUAUCAGGAAAGCCUGCGCGCGAGUCAUCCUUUGAGAAGUCAAUUGGUCGACUUGCUUUGGCUGAGACGCGCACCAAUGGAGGUGAGUUGGACGUCAUGGGCAUCGAGCAGGCACUGGCAAACAUGGAGAAUAGAGAAAGUGCGCGGAAGAUGAUUUUCUAG